CGUUCCGUACCAACGAAUCAGCCUACAAUAAUUGUGAUCCAAGAUCAUCUGAGUCAUUGGUCAUGGUGAAGGCAGUCAUCGAUCCCUCCGUGCUGGCAAGCGACUUGUCCGACCUCGCAGCAGAAUGCAAGCGCAUGGUGGAAAGCGGAGCCGAUUGGUGUCAUAUGGAUGUCAUGGAUGGCAACUUUGUGCCCAAUAUUACUUUCGGUCCUCCUGUCCUGGCAUGCGUAAACAAAGCAGUCCCUGAACUGUACAUGGACAUUCACGCGAUGGUGGCGAACCCCAAACAAUGGGUCCCCGAUGUUGCCAAGGCUGGCGCAAAAUCAUACACGUUCCACUAUGAGGCGACAGAUUCGCCAGCAGACGUUAUUGCCAGCAUCAAGGAGCAUGGGAUGAAAGCUGGGAUCGCAAUCUCCCCAGAAACGCCUUCCUCCGCCAUCACAGAGGAAAUCGGCAACUCUGUGGACCUCUUACUAGUCAUGACUGUCCGUCCUGGGUUUGGAGGCCAAAAGUUCAUGCCGGAAUGCUUGGAAAAAGUUGCGGAUCUCCGUAAACGGUUUCCAUCCAAGAAUAUCCAAGUAGACGGGGGUAUCGGUGCUGGCAAUGCUUGUCAAUGCGCUCAAGCAGGUUCCAAUGUCCUCGUUGCUGGGACAGCCAUCUUCGGCUCAAAGGACCCAAAAGCGACCAUACAUGAGAUGCGCUCAUCUGUUGACGGAGAAAUUGCCAAGUGGGAGUGAGGAGGCGUUCAGUGUCCCAGUUCAAAAGUACAUACAACGCUCGUCUUGCAUGCAAUCUAUCAGUCUAG